CAAAUUUUAAAGCGUAUGAAGAUAAAUCUGAUCUAGGUCUCUUCUUCCCCAAUCUCUCUCUCUCUCUCUCUCUCUCUCUCUCUCUCUCUCUUUCUCUUGCCUUCUCGAUCGAAGAACUUAAGGCAAUGGACAAAGGCAAAGCAGUGAUGGGUACUGGUCGGAGAUGGGCCGUCGAAUUCUCCGAUCAAUCUACUGUUCCAUCUUCCCGUGACAUCCUCGAUCCACCUGGCUUCUCUCGUGCUUCUCAGGAACAGGAUGAUUCAGCAAACAGCCGUCAAAAGAAAGACGCUGAAGCUAAUUGGAAACUUCAGAAAGCGUGGGAAGUAGCACAAUCUCCAUUUAAGAAUUUGAUGAUGAUGGGUUUCAUGAUGUGGAUGGCUGGAAACACUGUGCAUCUAUUUAGCAUUGGCAUUACAUUCUCUGCUCUUUGGCAGCCUAUCAGCGCCCUCCAGAGUGUUGGAAAGAUUUUUGAGCCAUUCAAGGAUAACAAAGUGGAGCUACUUAUGCCAAAAUUAGUGUUUCUUGCCCUAAACCUUGGAGGGUUAGCUUUGGGUGUCUGGAAGCUUAACACUUUGGGGCUUCUUCCAACACAUGCAUCAGAUUGGGUUUCAUCUUUACCCCCACCUCAGUUGAACACUCAGGUGGAGGAUUUGUUUUCCACUGAUGAAUCUGAGUCUCUUGUAUUUUAAAUAAUCCAUCCACUAGAACUGCGAGACAACGGCACUUUUGUGAAACAACUACAACAGAUACUUAGCGAUUUGUUCAACCGUGUCAUGAGGGAAGGCUCAUAAAGGACCUUCUCAUCUUAUGAUCUUCUUGUAGUAUUUUCAAAACUCAGAAACCAUAGCUUUUUUUCUUCACUUUUUAGUAUGAUGUUCAUUGUUCAUCACAACUAUGAAUGUAUUAUUGGUUGGCACUGAAGGGACCUAUGCCCAGCUUUUUGUUUCUCAUCUUUUUAGACAGUUAAUGGAUAAUAUGUUAGACUAAAGUUUUACCC